AACAGGUUCUUCACCAGCUCUCAGAACUUUGCCUCUGCAUUCACUUUUGCCCAUGCUUCUCUGCGCUGGGUGAGACGGUGUGGCCUCCCUGUGGCUGAUGCUAGUGGCCUGUCACCUCCACCAGAACAAUGAUGCUUCUUAGCACCCACCAUGCGGCAUGGAGCUGGUGCCAAGUGAGACAGUACUGGUGGGCAGCUCUUCCCAGGCCUCUGGAGCAGAAGGGGUUGACCCUCCCUCCCCUCCAGGAGCUGGUGAGCAGGCUGCUGCACCUGCACUUCAGGGAUAGCAAGACCAAAGUCAGCGGGGAUGCACUGCAGCUCAUGGUGGAGUUUCUGAGGAUCUUUGUUGUGGAGGCAGCUGUCCGGGGGGUGCGCCAGGCCCAGGCAGAGGGUGCAGUGCUUGUGGACGUGGACCAGUUGGAGAAGGUGCUCCCUCAGCUGGUAUGUGGAGUGCAGGAUGGCCCGUCUGGGGUGUCCUGGGGGAUGCCUGACUGGCUGCUGAGUGCCCUUCUCCCCAACAGCUCCUGGAUUUCUAGGGAUGUUCAUCCUCCCUAGGUCACCCCCAGGGUGGCUGAGUGUCUUCUGAGGCCUGUGGGGUCUGCAGUGCAUUGACAACAGUGCUAUCACCUGGUUCCCAAGAACCUCCUCCAGUGUUUGAAGGACACUAAGGACCUAGCACUCGGUGCCCUUAAUAGUAUCCUGUCCCCGUGGCUCCCAGCCUGAUGAGACUCUGGGACACACAGGCAGGUACAGGGAACAGAUGGACUGGCUUGCUUCCCAAUCCCAGCCAUGCCAGUAUGUGGUCUAUUGUAGCCACCCCAGCAUUAGAGCCCACCAGCAGCUUGUUAGCCAUAUGGGCCUCCCCUAGAGGAUGCCCCCCCUCCGAGCUGCAAAUUUGUUCCCACAGACGAACACCAAUAAAUCAACAUCUCUUCUCCCAG